UCUGGCAGUGCUGUGAAUGUCUGCCUGUGAGUUUGAGGGCUCACUACACGCAGUUUUAUUUACCUUUUGGACAACCUGGACUUUAAGUACACUUUUGUUUCUCUCUGAAUUCAAGUGUGAUAAGAGAUGGAACCAAGCAAAAUUGGAAUGGGAGAUAAAGCUGAAGAAAAAGCUCAAACUCCAAAUGUAAACAUGACCCAAACUUCUGAUACUGACCUCACAGGGGGGGCUUCGACAUCCUCAACACUCUCUGUCCAAGGUCAAGUCGCUUCUCCUGCUGAGAAUCAAACUAACAACUCUCGGAGUCAGCAUGGCUCUCCUGCAGAUAACGAAAACGCUAUUGAGCCAAAACUCCAGAUUACUUUUAAUACGUUCACAGUUAAGAGUGGUCAAGAGUUAAAAGUAGAGAUCCCUGUGGUUGGACACCCAGCACCAAAGAUUGAAUGGAAAAGAGAUGGCCAGGCAGUGAAAGAGACAUCAAGACUAGAGGUUUUAACCACGGCUUCAUUAACUCUCCUUCAUAUCAGACACGGUGCCAGAGAGCACUCUGGUCAGUACUCUAUUACAGCAAGCAACAGUGCUGGAAAAUACACAGGAGAAAUCACUGUGGUUGUUCUUGAAAAACCUGAUCCACCUAAAGGCCCUGUGAAGAUUCAUGAGAUCAGUUCUGACUAUGUUAUCAUCUCUUGGGAACCACCUGAGUAUACAGGAGGAUGUCAGCUUGACAACUAUAUUGUGGAAAAGCGGGAUACUGCAAGCACAGAGUGGCAGACUGUGUCAGCAACAACAGUAAGAACCACCAUCAAAGUCACUAAACUGAAGACGGGUAGUGAAUAUCAAUUUAGAGUAUUUGCAGAAAAUAGAUACGGAAAAAGUCCUGCAAUCACGUCUCCCAUUGUAAUGGCACAGUAUCCAUUUAGUGUUCCUGAUGCUCCUGGCACCCCCUAUGUGUCCACUGUGACAAAGUAUAGCAUGGUGGUUGAGUGGGAGGCCCCGGUCAGAGAUGGGGGCAGCCCUGUCACUGGCUAUCACCUCGAACGGAAAGAGAAGAACAGCAUUUUAUGGACCAAGUUAAACAAGUUUGUUAUAUCGGACACCCGCUUCAAGACAAGUGGACUGGAGGAAGGCAUUGAGUAUGAAUUUAGGGUCAUUGCUGAAAAUAUAGCUGGACUCAGCCCAUGUAGUAAGACAUCUGAAUGUUAUGUGGCAAGAGACCCCUGUGAUCCACCAGGUAAACCAGAGGCUGUUGUCAUAACCAGGGAGAGCAUCACACUUCAGUGGACAAAACCCAAGUGUGAUGGCGGAAGCAAUAUCACAGGGUAUGUUGUUGAAAAGAAAGAGCUCCCAGAUGGCAGAUGGAUAAAGGCAAACUUCACCAAUUUGAUUGAAAAUGUGUUCAACGUAACAGGCCUGACAGGAGGUCAGAGUUAUGAGUUCAGGGUAACAGCUAAGAAUGCUGCUGGAGUGUGGAGUGCACCCUCAGAAACUGUGACUAUUCUUGCUCAGGAUGUUAUUGAAGCACCAACUGCAGUCAUUGAUCCUAAAUUCAAGAGCACUGUUGUUGUUCAGGCUGGGGAGUCAUUUUCUAUUGACGCUGAAUACUUUGGAAAGCCUCUGCCAGACGUUCUGUGGUUGAAAGAUGGAAGAGAAAUAGAUAAAGUCACACCAAGAAUGGAGUUCAAAAACACUCUCACUCAUACGACUCUCUUUGUCAGGGACUGCAUACGUGUGGAUGGGGGGCGUUUUGUCUUGAGCCUCUGUAAUAUUGGUGGAACUACAUCUGUUUCAUUCAAUGUGAAGGUUUUAGAUAAACCUGGUCCUCCUGAUGGACCUCUGAAAGUAAAAAUUGUGAGUGCAGAGAAGUGCAAUCUUUACUGGAACCUACCUCUAAACGAUGGUGGUGCCACUGUCACCCACUACACCAUUGAAAAAAGAGAGACCAGCCGUGUCACAUGGACAGCAGUCGAAGCUCAUGUUGAAGCAGUGAGUUACAAAGUAACUAAACUGGUGCCUGGCAGAGAAUACAUAUUCAGGAUUGCUGCCGUAAAUAAAUAUGGAGUUGGAGAAUUUCUGGAAUCAGAGCCAUUUGUUGCAGAAAAUCCUUUUAAAACCCCCAGCGCGCCUUCAACCCCCACAGCCAGUGCUGUGACUGGUGACUCUGUGGUACUGACGUGGGAAAGACCUGAGAGUGAUGGAGGCUCAGAAAUAGAUGGAUACAUCCUGGAAAAAUGUGACAAAGAGGGUGUUCGAUGGACCAAGUGCAACAAGAGGAGACUGAAUGACUUGCGUUUUCGUUGUACAGGGCUGACAGAGGGACAUUUCUAUCAAUUUAGAGUUUUUGCAGAAAAUGCAGCUGGUGUGGGUGCUCCAAGUGAGCCAAGUGAGUUUAUAAAGAUAUGUGAGGCUAUUUAUCCUCCCGGUCCACCUACUAAUCCGAAGGUGGCAGAUUAUUCCAGCAAUACAGUAUCUCUUACAUGGUCAAAGCCAAUCUAUGAUGGCGGAGCAGCCAUCAGGGGAUUUGUAGUUGAGAUGAAGGAAGUAGCAGAUUAUGAAUGGAUUACAUGUACACCCAGAACAGGUGUAGAGGACACGAACUACACUGUAAAACAACUCAAACAAAAUUCUAAGUAUAAUUUUCGCAUAUGUGCAAUCAAUUCAGCUGGAAUUGGGGAGUAUGUGGAACUAUCAGAGUCUGUGUUAGUCGUUGACAAAGUAGAGGCACCUGAGAUUGAACUGGACUCUACGCUAAGAAAGAUAGUUGAUGUUCGAGCCUGUUCCACCUUACGUCUCUUUGUUACUAUCAAGGGAAAGCCAGAGCCGGAGGUUAAGUGGACAAAGGAAGGUGGUAUAGUGAGUGAGCGUGCUCAAAUUGAAGUGACAAGUUCCCACACUGUUUUACUGAUAGAGAAUAUCAACAGAAGUGACAGUGGAAAGUACGUGUUGACUGCUGAGAACUGCGUUGGGUCCAAAUCAGCGUUCAUCAACGUUAGAGUACUGGACUCUCCCGGCGCACCACUAGAGCUACUGAUAAAAGAUGUCACGAGAGAUUCUGUGUCCAUCUCCUGGAAACCUCCCCAUAUUGAUGGAGGAGCAAAGAUUUCUCAUUACAUCGUGGAAAAACGUGAGGAUGCCAGAAAGGCAUUCACAAGUGUCUGUUGCAACUGCGUAAGGACUUCCUAUAAAAUUGACAAUCUACAGGAAGGUUGCUUCUAUUAUUUCCGUGUGCUGGCUGUAAAUGAGUUUGGCACUGGAUUGCCAGCAGAGACUCCUGAAGCUGUUAAAGUGUCUGAGGCUCCUCUGCCUCCUAGUAAAAUCAUGGUCAGAGAUGUCACUUGUGAUAGUGCAAAGCUCUGUUGGGAGAAACCUGAUCAUGAUGGAGGGAGCAAAAUCACAUGUUACAUCGUAGAAAUGCGAGCCAAGGAGGACGAAAUGUGGAUGGAAUACUCCAAGAGCAAAGCACUUGAUGUGGCCAUUAAUGGUCUGAUAAAAGAAAAAGAGUAUUUCUUCAGAGUGAGCGCUGUGAAUGAAAAGGGAAACAGUGAACCAAAGCCCUUGUUGACACCUGUUAUGGUAAGGGAUACAAGUGCUGAGCCUGUCAUUAGUUUGCUGGCUAACACAUUUAGUGUGAAGGCAGGGAAUGAUCUGAAAAUUGACAUACCUAUCAAGGGUGUGCCAUCCCCAACAGCUGCAUGGAAUAAAGAAGGCAACAUAGUGAAAGAGACAAGCAGGGUAAAUGUGCAAACAUCUGACUCAUCCAUUCAGUUAUUUAUCAAAGAUGCAACCAAGAUAGAUGCUGGUAUGUAUGAGGUGACCCUGACCAACUCUGUUGGAACUACAUCGGCUGAAGUCUUUGUCAAUGUUUUUGAAAGACCUGGACCACCAACUGACCUCAGUGUGGAUGAUGUGAGCGCUGACUUUGUAUCUCUCUCAUGGCACCCCCCUCUUUACACUGGUGGCUGUCCAAUUACUAAUUAUAUAGUUGAGAAAAGAGACACAGGCAGCACAAUAUGGCAGACGGUUUCAGCUACAGUUGCAAGAUCAUCAAUCAAAAUUUCCCGUCUGACGCAGGGCACAGAAUAUCAGUUUCGUGUUGCUUCAGAGAAUCGCUAUGGAAAGAGCCAAUUUGUUGAGACAGAAUCUGUCGUUGCCCAGUAUCCCUUCAAGCCACCUAGUCCACCAACCAACCUUCAUGUUGUAGAGGCCUCAAAGUCUGCAAUGGUCAUUGCUUGGAGCAAACCAGAGAGUGAUGGUGGCAGCCCUAUUAUUGGUUAUCAUAUUGAAAGCAAGGAUCACAGCAGUAUUCUGUGGUCAAAGCUAAACAGAAUUCCUGUGACUGAGAAUCAAUUCAAGGUGACAAAUGUUGAAGAGGGUCUAGUGUAUGAAUUUCGGGUCUACGCUGAGAAUAUGGCAGGAGUUGGACCCGGCAGUAAGUCAUCUGAUCCUGUGGCAGCAAGGGACCAGUGUGAUCCUCCCUGUAAUCUUACAGUCACAAAUAUAACCAACAGCUCAGUGUCACUGUCAUGGGACAAACCAGAAUAUGAUGGUGGGGCGAAAAUAAUAGGUUAUAUUGUUGAGCGCAAAGAGCUGCCAGAAACUUGCUGGCUGAAGUGCAACUUCACAAAUUUACUGGACACCUUCUUUGAAGUGACUGAGCUCACGGAGGGUGAGCAAUAUGAUUUCAGAGUUAUUGCAAAGAAUGCAGCUGAGCUCUUUAGUGCACCCUCUGAAUGCAUAGGACCUGUAACAGUGCAGCAUGACGUGGAGCCACCAAAAAUGGUCUUGGAUGAAAAAUGUAAGCAGGUGGUGAUAGUCAAAGCAGGAGACAUUCUAAAAAUAGAUGCUGACAUUUCAGGUCGCCCUAACCCAACGGUGUUUUGGUUGAAAAAUGGAAGAAAUAUUGGUACCAAUGGUCGGAUUGAGAUUACUGCAACAAAGACACAUACCUCUCUCCUCAUCAGAGAGAGUGUUAGAAAAGACUCUGGACAGUAUACUCUUACCCUGCAGAGCACAGGAGGUACAACAUCUAAGGUUGUAACCUGUAAGGUGUUGGACAGGCCAGGUCCUCCUUCUGGACCCCUGGAAGUGUCUGGACUGUCAGCUGAAAAAUGCACCUUGUCCUGGGGACCCCCUCAUGAGACUGGUGGUGCUGAGAUUAUGCACUACAUUGUGGAGAAGUGCGAAACCAGCCGUGUUGCAUGGACCCUUGUGUAUGGAGACAUGUUAGCAACUACUUGUAAAAUAACCAAGUUGCUUAAAGGAAAUGAAUACCUAUUUAGGGUAAGGGCAGUGAACAAAUAUGGGGAGGGGGAGGUAUUAGAAAGUGAGCCAAUCAAGGCCAUUGAUCCCUUCACUGUACCAUCUGCUCCAACGGAUGUUGAAGUUACAAGUGCUACCAGUGAAGCUAUGACUAUAUGUUGGAAGAGGCCUGCAAAUGAUGGUGGUAGUCGUAUCAGUGGUUACAUUAUAGAGAAAAGAGAGAAGCAGGGUGUUCGCUGGGUCAGGGUCAAUAAGAAACCAGUUUAUGACCUGCGAGUCAAAGCUUCUGGGAUUCAUGAAGGUUGUGAGUAUGAAUUCAGGGUCUUUGCCGAGAAUGCAGCUGGUCUAAGUGAAGCCAGUCUACCAUGUCCUCUGAUGCUGGCAGAAGAUCCAAAGUUUCUACCUUCUCCUCCAACAAAGCUUACUAUUGUGGACUCAACCAGAUCUUCUAUCACUCUUACAUGGAACAAGCCACUGUUUGAUGGUGGGGCCCCAGUAACAGGGUACAAAGUGGAAUUCAGAAAAUCAACAGAGGAGGAAUGGGUUAUUGGUGCUCAUAACACCGAGAAGACAGAGUUUACAGUAACUGGGCUCACACCCGGAGAAGAAUAUGUUUUUACUGUCAGAUCCAUUAAUAAGAUUGGUGUCAGUGAACCAAGCCCUGAAACAGAUUCUGAAGUUGCCAUGGAGAGAGAGGAGGAACCUAGGUUCGACAUCAGCCCUGAAAUGAGGAAGACCCUGCAGGUCAAGGAUGGCAGUUCCUUUACUUUGACAGUGCCUUUCAAAGGCAAACCUGCUCCCAGCGUGUCAUGGGAAAAAGCAAAUGUUGAUUUGAGGGUCAGAGGACUUGUCAACACCAGCGGUUCUGUCACAUCUAUCACAGUAGAACAGGCAACGCGGGAUGAUUCUGGCAAAUACACAGUAAAACUGCUAAAUGCAGCUGGAUCUGCAUCUCUGACCCUGAAUGUGAGGGUUCUGGAUUCACCAGGUCCUCCAUCCCAUAUUACAGUCAAAGAUGUGACCAAGACGUCUGCCACUGUUACCUGGGACAUCCCUGAAAAUGAGGGAGGGGCCCCUGUAAAAAUGUACCAUUUAGACAUACGUGACAUUGGCAGACAAGGCUGGAAAAGACUCACAGACAAAUGCCGCAGAUUGUCCUACAGGGUGUCUGACCUGGAGGAAGGAGGAAUUUACUUCUUCAGAGUGACUGCUGAAAAUGAAUAUGGCAUUGGGGUUCCAGCUGAGACCAAAGAAGGAACUAAACUGAGAGAUUCUGCAGAAUGGGAGACAAACCCAGGAGCUUAGCUUGUUUCCUUUUAACUGUCUGAAUAACAUUGGUUAAUAAGCUGACACCAUCUGCAUUUAUUUCUGAUAUGCCAUAUGUUCAAUUAUUUCUGAUUGUAUUUUUUGUUAGAAAUAAGUUAUUAAGUUGAAACCUGAAUACAAUGGAAAACAUUUUUUGUCAAUGAAAGCAUUUCCAAUAACUUCUGGAAAACUUCCUUUUUUUAACUUCCUUUUUUUAAGAGUAUAAUGAAUGGUAGAUUUGUUUUUAAAUAGAAUUAAAUGCUGCUGUUGCUGUUUUUUUUAAAUCAAAUGACAAGAAAUCAAAUUGAAGGAGUUCAGUUUUUUGGUGGAAAAGUAACCAAAUCAGUAACUAGAUUAAAGAGAUACUAAGAUAGAUACUGAACUGUCUAAAGAGAGGUAAAAUGUUAGGUUAUAAAGUAUUUUAUGGGGUGACUGACUAUCUGGCCAAUAAAUCAUUAAAAACUCCUGCAUGUUUGUUAUGUGUGCAAACAAGCAAUGUAUUCUCAGCAAAAGGAUAUAAUUAUUGAAUAAAACAAAUAAGCAAACAAAUUCCACCCAAUUAAACUGCUACCCUCCUAACAUAGAUUAUUUUCAGGGCAGGAAAAGUAAUAACAGAUCCCUGUUAUUUAACCUGUGGUUGCAUUUCCUCAUUUGUUUUCAUCAAAGUAAGUUAUUCAAAUCUUAAUGAAAGCAAUGUAAUGAUGUCUCCCUGUGAAAUGGAAACUGAGUGGAAAUUGUAUUACCUAAAUAAACAAACAAGACAAUAAAAUAGAUACAUACAAAGUAUUGUUAGUAUGAAUAUACAACAAACAUACAGGGAAACACUCUGAAGUUACCACACCAGAGGUAUUGCUUAAUAAUGAACACAAAUGAAAGUUAAAGGAUAGGUCAAAUAUCCUUUAUGUUUUGCUUGAUGAAUUUGCCAACCAAACAUAAAACCGAACAUAAACAGGAAAAUACUUUCAGUUUAGUCUCGAGACGCUGUCCAAACCAGACCCGUCUCAGCCUAAUGUAACUACGUCACUAUGGAAACGAUACUUUUUGACACCACUGAAGAGCGGGGAGGAGCGCGGCGGAAACCGGAAGCAGUGCAAAACUCUUCAGCCGUGUUGCGCCUCUCCAAGUAACUUUUUACAAAAACAAAAGGGAAUACUCGACGCGGAGAGUUCGAUAUGGGAACUACGGCAAGUCAGCUCGGGAAGGACUUGUUGUCAGAAUACCAAGAGCUGACCUUCCUGACUAAACAAGAAAUACUCCUUGCUCACAAGAGAUUCACAGAACUGCUCCCUAAAGAGGAGAAAAAUCUUCCAGAUACAAGAGUACCAAUGGAAAGGAUUCUUACUCUGCCUGAACUUAAGUCCAAUCCUUUCAGUAAAAGAAUUUGCAAUGUGUUCUCAACAUCUGAACGAAAAGAUGGAAGCCUCAGCUUUGAAGACUUCCUGGAUCUUUUGAGUGCCUUCAGUGACUCUGCCACCCUGGAGAUCAAAUCCCACUAUGCAUUUCGUAUAUUUGACUUUGAUGAUGAUGGCACCCUUGAUUAUGGAGAUCUGGAGAAGCUGGUUAACUGCUUGACUGGUGAGACAGAAGAAACAAGGCUAAAUGGGGAUGAAAUGAGACAGCUCAUCAACAAUAUUCUGGAAGAGUCGGAUAUUGAUAAGGAUGGGACUGUGAACCUCUCUGAGUUUCAGCACGUCAUUUCAAGAUCACCAGAUUUUGUCAGUUCUUUCAAGAUUGUGCUGUGAAGACUUCUAAUGGGCUGUGCAAAUGGGUCUCCUUUAAUUCCCUUGAACUAUGUUUGAUUUUAUUUGUUUUAAUACUUGCCUUAAAUUAUAUUUCUUGAGGAUUUUAUUAUUUUAACUCUUUAUGUAUCAAAGUAUAAAACUCUUUUAAAAAUUUGCAAAAGAAUAAUAAAACAAUCACAAAGU